GCGGAGCUGAGCUCCAGAUGUCGGGGCGUACACAGCUGGAGGAUCACGUGGCACAGCCUCAGCCCCCUUCCUGCCAACGCUGCAUUUGGCUCAAGCCCGGGUCAUGGCUGCCCUUGGGACCCUGAGCUGACAGUUGGAGGGUCCUGCGUUUUGGGGGCUGUGACCCUUUCCCCGCGGUCAAGCGUGAGUGCUGGGGUCCUAAGGACCAAGGCUGCUGCGGUGGGGCAGGGCCAGGGACGGAGGUCGACCGAGUGGAUGAAGGAAGGAUAGAGGACCCUGGGAAGGGCGGGGCUGGACAUGAGGAGGAGGCCGCGCCUUUGCCGCGACGCGUGGCUUACGCUGCUGCUCAGCGCCGCCCUCGGACUCCUGCUCUACGCGCAGCGCGACAGAGCAUCCCCCACGACCAGUGCACCACCAGCGCGAGGACGACAGCUCCCGCGACCCACUCCUGGUCUCCGAGCACGCGAGCUCCCCAACACCGCCCGCGCGGCCCCGCCGGCCUACGAGGGGGACACCCCGGUGCCGCCCACACCUACCGACCCCUUUGACUUCGGCAGGUAUCUGCGCGCCAAGGACCAGCGGCGCUUCCCGCUGCUCAUUAACCAGCCUCGCAAAUGCCGCAGCGACCACACAGCUGGCGGUCCCCCCGACUUGCUCAUCGCGGUCAAGUCUGUGGCUGCCGACUUUGAGCGGCGGGAAGCCGUUCGCCAGACUUGGGGAGCCGAGGGUCGCGUGCAGGGGGCACUCGUGCGCCGAGUGUUCUUGUUGGGCGUGCCCAAGGGGGCCGGCUCUGGCGGGGCCGACACGCGGACGCAAUGGCGCGCCCUGCUGGAGGCUGAGAGCCGAGCUUAUGCAGAUAUUCUGCUCUGGGCUUUCGAAGACACCUUUUUCAACCUAACUCUAAAGGAGAUUCACUUUCUGUCUUGGGCUUCAGCAUUCUGUCCAGAUGUACACUUUGUUUUUAAGGGCGAUGCAGAUGUGUUCGUGCACGUGAGCAACCUGUUGCAGUUUCUGGAGCUGCGGGAUCCGGCACAGGACCUUCUCGCAGGGGAUGUGAUUGUGCAGGCAAGGCCAAUCCGAGCUAGAGCCAGCAAGUACUUCAUCCCCCAGGCAGUGUAUGGGCUGCCCGUCUACCCGGCCUACGCUGGCGGUGGUGGCUUUGUUCUUUCGGGAGCUACGCUCCGCCGCCUCGCUGAUGCCUGCUCACAAGUUGAGCUCUUCCCCAUAGACGAUGUCUUUCUGGGCAUGUGUUUGCAACGCUUGCGGCUCACACCUGAGCCUCAUCCAGCGUUUCGCACCUUUGGCAUCUCCCAGCCUUCAGCUGCACCGCAUCUUCGGACCUUCGACCCCUGUUUCUACCGAGAACUGGUGGUAGUACACGGGCUGUCUGCGGCCGAUAUCUGGCUUAUGUGGCGCUUGCUGCACGGGCCUCCGGGGCCAGUCUGUGCACAUCCACAGCCUGUGGCAACAGGUCCCUUCCAGUGGAAUUCUUAGCUAUCUCUCGCGGCAUCAAACUUCUCUUACUCAGCUGCAGGACAGAAGAUGAAAGAGCCCAAAGGGGCUGGUUUUCCGUGUGGGUUUAUGGUGUACAUGGCUUUUCUCCAGAUCGCUCAGUGUAGUGCUGAUCCAUUGAUGCAGCUAGGGCUAAGGUGGCGGUCAGUGACUUGACCAGCACAGAAGCGGGCACACUUAAAUACUAGUAGUCAACAGCACUACCGUGUGCCUGCCAGUGGGGGCUUGGCUUUCCAGGAGGCACAGGAUGUACGAACACAAGCUGACCCACCACGGCCAGGCCUCACCUCACGCUCCUCGUGGACCUGGCAUGCAUUUUCCUAGUUCUUAGCUUCGUUCCUUCUCCACACUGGAUCCCCAGUGGCCAUGACUUAUCUGUCCCUGUUGGGGUCUGGUGUUAGCGCUGGCUAACCCUUCUGGUCCAGGUUUGCCUGUAGCACGAGGGAUGGGGCCAUGCUGUGUCCUGGUCCUGCCCACUGUAUUCACACACACAGCUCUGCCAAUGGACUUCUGAAGGGUGAGCCAUCCCCUUCCUGGAAGGAAU